CUUCAUCAGUCAUACCCUCUCCUCUCCCAAAAUCUCCUAUCCUUGCGUUACGUGACCCUAAUUGGCUCGCUGUCAUGUAAGACGAGUAUAGUGCCCUUAUUAAAAAUCGGACGUGGGAGUUGGUUCCCCGCCCCCUAACACCAACAUCAUUCGUUGUCUUUGGUUGUUUAAACAUAAAUACAGGUCUAAUGGAGCAUUGGAACGCCACAAAGCACGACUUGUGGUCAACGGCAAAUCUCAACAACUUGGCAUUGAUUGUGAUGAAACGUUCAGUCCAGUGGUCAAACCGGACACCAUUCGGACUGUUUUAUCCGUAGCAUUACAUCACUCGUGGCCUCUACAUCAACUUGACGUCAAGAAUGCAUUCCUCCACGGCCACUUGGAGGAAACGGUAUACAUGCACCAACCUCCCGGUUUCCGCGACCCCUACAAGCCUCAUCAUGUAUGCCGGCUCCUCAAAUCUCUCUACGGUCUCAAACAGGCGCCACGAGCAUGCCGCCGAAUUUUCCAUGACGGACCUUGGCCCUCUCAGCUAUUUUCUGGGUAUUGCUAUAACCCGCCACCCUCACGGUCUCUUUCUUUAUCAACAAAAAUAUGCCGGUGAAAUUCUGUCUCAGGCAAAUCUUUCGGACUGCAAUCCAGUAGCCACACCAGUUGACACAACCUCGAAACUAAGUGCUACUGCCGGCCCCUCAGUUGAUGACCCUACUCUCCACCGGAGUCUUGCCGGUGCCCUACAAUAUCAUACUUUUACCCGUCCCGACAUCUCAUAUGUCGUUCAACAAAUAUGUUUGUUCAUGCAUGACCCUCGUGCGCCUCAUCUUCAUGCACUCAAACAGAUUCUCCGUUAUAUCAAAGGCACUAUUAACUACGGCCUGCACCUUAAGCCGUCCUCCAUCACUAGCUUAAUCUCAUACUCCGACGCUGAUUGGGGUGGCUGCCCGGAUACCCGCCGGUCCACCUCCAGCUAUUGUGUCUAUCUUGGAGACAACCUUCUUUCUUGGUCCUCUAAACGGCAACCGACUCUAUCUCGCUCAAGUGCCGAAGCUGAAUAUCGGGGUGUAGCUAAUGUUGUCGCCGAGACAUGUUGGUUACGGAAUCUCCGAUCCUUUUCGAACUUCACUGUCCUCUUUCCAAAGCUACUAUGGUCUAUUGUGAUAACAUCAGUUCAGUCUAUAUGUCCGGCAAUCCCGUUCAACAUCAUCUCACCAAACAUAUCGAAAUGGAUAUCCACUUCGUUCGAGAAAAGAUUGCUCGCGGGGAGGUUCGAGUUCUUCAUGUUCCAUCACGUCAUCAAUUUGCCGAUAUCUUCACCAAAGGCCUUCCCCUUAUUUUAUUUGACGAGUUCCGCUCCAGUCUAAGCAUCCGGCCACCUCCCGCUUUGACUGCGGGGGGUGUUAACGUGUGCAUCAGUGCAUGUCCCAUGCAUGCCGUCCAAAAGACUCGGCCACUCAGAAUAUCACUUCCGCACAGGGCCGGCCAUGGGGGCAUGCAGCCUAGACAAUUGUCUAGGGCCCCCAAAUUCUUGGGGCCUCCAAUUUUUUUUUAUGUAAGCCCAUAUAUAUUAUAUAUGUAUGUUUAAUUUAAAUUGUUUAUUGUGAUAAAAUAUCUCCUAUAUCAAGUAAAAACCUGCGGAAGAGUCAAGGCAUCUGUUUCCGUAAUGCCGUAAUGGUCUUCGACUUUUGUAAUUUCUAACUUUCUUGUCUUUCUUUGUUUCUGGCAGCUUCAAAUCCUUCUUUAUUGAUUUUAUUGAUUUAUCUUUUAAUUUGUUUACCUUCAAUUAUUAAUUUUUUACUACUUAAUCGGUUAUGGCAGUAGGUAAUAGGCGUUGUAGGGCCUAGGCUAUUAAGUAUUGGGUGUAUCAAUCUAUUAUAAUAAACCAAAAUCCAAAUAAUAAUAAUAAUAAUUCAAUCUAGUCAUUUAAUUGAUUGUAUAUUUCUACAAUUGAUUAAUUGUACUUGUAUUAUUGAAUAUUGAAAGUUAGAAAAACUUUAUCUAGUUAGAAAUUGUAUAAAGUUGUAUGAAAUUGGUGACGAGAAAAAGAAAGCAUGACUCGAGAUGUACAAAGAGAAAGAACAAAUUAAGAAAGAACAUGAGUAUAAAUCGCUUGCUAACUCUAUGGAUCGCUACUAUACAUAAUCCAUUUUUUUUUUAUCAAUUUUGGAUCUUUUGGUUUUGAAGAAUACUCCCUUUAAAUUAAUAUUAUAUGAUGCAUUUCAUCUAUAAUUCACUUAUGUUUCAUUUGAUAUUUCAUUUGAACAAAAUAUAUGAUCUUCUAGGGCCUCAUAAUUGCUCUAGACGGCCCUGCUUCCGCAUAAAUGGUUAGUAUUGUUGUAUAUUCAAAUUAUUUUGAAUUCUUGUUGUACAAUGCACAGCUCACGCAUGCCUCUUCUAAUACGAGAGUUUAUACACCACGAAGGUGAAUGAAAUAAUCACGUUGAAUUCCAAUUUAUAAUACAGUUAGACAUGCAAUACAUCUCUACAAGGUUGCGUUCCCUAAAUGAUUUUUUUUUGUAAUUUACAAAGCUUCAAAGGUGCAUUCCUUGAAUGAUUUUUUUUUGUUAAACAACAACUAUAGCAACAUUGAUUAACAAGCUGCGUUCAAACCCAAACACCUAAGGUCCUAAAGCGCUCUUUGCUUUCUUAUCCUUUCACUUUUCUUUUUCAAAUAAGUUACUUGAAAUCCCUAAAAUUAGGAACCGGAUAAACUAUAAAAGGUGCUUUUUACUUUAAUUUAUAAAUGUAUUUUUUUUCUUUUAUUAUGUUCAUAUAAGUGUAUUAGUAGUACUUCCUCCGUUUCACGUAAAAGUUCUCGAUUCAGGUAAAGGUUCUGGUCAACGUAAAUUAUUCUUAAUCUGUUGCUUUAUACGUAGUAUAUUAAACUUUUAUCAAAUAUGAUUUUUUUUGGUGACUUCAUAAAACUUUUAAUGUAGUUUUCAAAUAUGUAAAUUUUAUUCACUAAAAAUGAACUUAUUAUUAACAUGAUUUAAUUAUCUUUAUGACUAGUCAAAUAUCAUAAACCGCAUGGAAACCCUUAUCUGGGACUGAGAAAGUACUGUGUGCAUACCAUGACUCAGAUGCCUAGGUCCGCCAUUUAUUACUACUGUUAUUUAGUCACUUAGCCCAACAUUAUGACUAGUAAUUUAAUUUAUUUUGAUUUAUUAGGGCCUCAUAUUUUAUUUUUGAACAAGGCCUUCUACUUCUCGAGGCCGGCCCUGCAAGUUAUACACAACUUGUACACAAAUUAUCAUUCACAGGCAAUUGGUACGGAGUUGCCCGUGAGUAUAGACAAGAGUUGCAUGUGUACACAGACAACUUUUGUUUGUGUCCACAGAUAUUAAUUUUUGUGAAAAAGUAUGAUAACAAUUGUCUGAACUGACACCGCCUUGCAAAUCAAUCUAUAUAUGUGACAUGUUUGCGUGCACGGACAAUAUUUUUAUGUUGCACAAACAAUAUUUUUGUGUAAAAAGUACACCGACAACCACUUGACACUGACAUCAUAUUGCAACAAUCUAAUUAUGUGUCUUGCAUGUGUGCACAGACAAUAUUUUCCUAUUGCACAAACAAUUAUUUGUUUGUCUGUACAGACUAUUUAUCACACAAACAGCAGUCGUGCGACUCAUAGACAAUAGUAGUUUCUGUGAUCAACUUUUCUUUUUGGUGUGAUCAAUUUGAAUUGUAUGCACAAACAAAGAUUAUAAUUGUCUGUAUAUAUCCAAAUGAAUGCUGUGGAUGUACGUGUGAUCAAUUUACAUGUAACUCGGGAAAAAAAUAGAAAAAUAAGAAAAAAUAGAUGAAAUAAGAUGGAUUUUUCUAUCAUUUGCAAGGGAGCCAAGGACUCACUAUUCUUUGGCUUGGGAAUAUGAUGGAGUAAAGCAAAACGGGUCACAAAACUGUUUGCGCUUCUUUGUUAUGAAGCAACAGUCAGUUCAUGCAAUUUCCGAUGCGAUUUUCACUAUGGAUCAUCCAGAAACAGUCUUUAUGCGCUUUAGUACAGAGGUCUUUCAGUCCAAAAAUAAUUAUAAGUUUGAAAUUGAAAAAACGGCUACUUAUAUCCAAUUCUACCUUUCAUUAUAUUUAUAUCACCAUUUAAUAUUGUUAGUAUAAAUUUUUUUUUUUUUUUACCGGUGGGCGUAGCUCAACUGGUAGCAAGGGAGUGCCACAAGGGUUAGGUCUCGGGUUCGAAUCCCGGCAACUGCGAUGAGGGGUUACUAUGCUGAAAAAUGCAUAGGGCCUCUGCAAGUACCGGGGACAGAGCCCCACUCUCUAUCUGUCAGAUUGUGAUUAUAGUCCAAUUUACAUCCUCCCAUCGUGCCGUCCGGUCGGUGUUGGGGGGCCCUCAGGGGUGGAGUGUCAUCCUUUUUUUUUUAGUAUAAAAUAUUUUUUCAAAACAUUAUCCGUUAGACUGUUAACCGAUUAAGAAACUCAAAACGGGGUAAAUUUUAUAUUUUUUGUAAACUCAAUUGGCGCAGGGGCGAAUUGUAGCAUUUUAAAAAACUGCAUUCAAUGUCUGCUUGGGUAAAACCCUUAUGAAAUAUACUCUGUAAUAUUUCAACCUAACCUAUUUUACUUCGCAAAUUACGAGCGCUCAACAUCUCUUUGCGAGUGUUUGCAAUUGCUUUUACUUUGAAAAAGCACUUUUUGGAAAAUGUGAUUGUAGUAAAAGUUGAUAAUGUUUGAGAAAAAGGUGAUUUUGAAAAGUAAAAGUUGGUAGUGUUUGGUAAAAUAAGUGCUUUUUGUGUAAUAGAAAAAGUAAAAACACUUUUGACAUGAAAGCCGAGAAAAAUAAAAGUUGAUAGUGUUUGGUAAAAUAAGUGUUUUUUAAGCCAAAAGCUGAGAAGCGCUUUUUUAAGCGGUUGCAAACCAACCCUUGUAUUUUUUAAGCGGUUGCAAGCAAACCAUUUAAUAUUGUUAGUAUAAAAUAUUACUCACUCCGUCUCUUAAAACACGGUCACCUUUCCUUUUUGGGACGUCCCAAAUAACUUUACCACUUUCCCUUUCAAUCAAUUAUUUUGUGGUUUCUGUUAUUUCUCUCUCCUCUGCACAAACCUCAACCACAAAAUUUUUACUUUAUUACUCUCCGUGUUGGUCAACUUUGGCAAAGUUUUAAGGGAUGGAGGUAGUAUUUCAAAGGGGGAUUUACCCAAAUAGGAGUAAUUAAAUUAUUAAUUGCUAAAAUAGGACUAAAGUUUAAAAAUUCCCCAAAUGGGAGUUAUUAUAUGUAGCUAUACAAAAAUACCCCUGAAACUUGACAAACAUACUCUCGCUGACUGACCGACCGACCGACCGCCGGACCGACCGUUGUUGACCGCCGUCGGCCACCGCUGGCCGCCACAACCCACCGUUGCAUCAUCAAAACUAGCCGCCCCUGCCGAUCUGACCGCUUCCGUUGCAGGCCUGGCCGCCGCCGUAGAUCUAAGCAGAUUUGGCCACCGCCGGUCACCAACUGCCGCCCUUAAAAAUCCGGUAGCCACCCCCACAUAUCCGGCCACUGCUACUGCAGUUCCGACCACCAUCGCCGAUGUCGUCAGUUUUUUAGCAGAAUGCCAACACGAAUCGGAAAUGCCAUAUUCAUGGCAUUUUCAAAGGUAAAUAGAAAGUUUUUGAAGAACAAAAAUGCCAUUUUGAUGGCAUUUCCAGAGGAAAAUUGGCAAUUGUAAAAACCAAAGAAGAAGAUGGACAUCAGAUCUGCGACCGAACAGAAUACUAGAAAGAGACAAACACAGAAGAUUGAGAAGGAGGAAGGAGGAAGAAGAAUGAGUUACUUUACUCCACCAGUCCGCCGAUGCUCGCCGAUGUUCGCCGCCGCUCUCCGCCACCCUCGUCGCAUCUGAAGGGCUCGUUGCAGGUUGCCAAUCAAAGAAAAUGAGAGGAGAAGAAAACCUAAUCUAUCAGGGAGGAAGGGAAAUUGAAUAUGGAGUAAUAAUGUGUGGAGCAGGGGGGAAAGGUCUGAGCGGAGCAUAAUGUCACACGUAUGAGGGUAAUUUUGGAAUGGUGGUCCCAUUUAGAGAAAAUAAAUUAAUUGCUCCUAUUUGAGAUUUUGACUAAAAAUUUAGUCCUACGGAAGGCAAUUAGUUCUAUUUCAAAACAUUACACGUUAGACUUUUAACCGAUUUAGGGUCUGUUUGCAACAGUUUCUGCUUUUAAAAAAGUGCUUUUUUUUUAUGAAAUGGAGAGAAGUGAUUAAAUAAAAGUUGAUAGUGUUUGAGAAAAAAGUGAUUUUGAAAAGUAAAGUUGGUAGUGUUUGGUAAAAUAAGUGCUUUUUGUGUAAUAGAAAAAGUAAAAGCACUUUUGACAUGAAAGCCGAGAAAAACAAAAGUUGUAGUGUUUGGUAAAAUAAAUUUUUUUUAAAGUCAAAAGUUGAGAAAUGCUUUUUUAAAAGUAGUUGUAAACCAACCCUUUGCAAACUAACCUACCAUGUGCAGGUUAGUGAGGAAAAGAUGAUCAAAAACAUAAAAGUAGUUUACUAUCUAAAAUACCAAAAUUGUAUAAUAGUUUUCAUUCCAAAACAAUCGCACUUUUCUCUCUGGAGUAAUACCUGCCUAUUCUGCCUAUUCUACCAUGUGCAGUUGUGGCUACUGCUAGGCGGCGGCUGUUCUUGCAACCUGGAGAUAGCAAUAUAGCAGACUGGGGUGUGGCUUCUUCCUCUGCUUCUCAUUACUCUGAUGCUGCAGCCUUUGGAGACCUUUCUUUGGGUUUUAAUGCUGCUCAUGAUUCUGUCAGCACCGCCGUUGACGGUGGCAGUGCAUCCGCCGCACAUGAUGGGCAGUGGAACUCCUCUGCCGCUAGGAAGAUGCAAAUCAACUACGGGUUAUCACCGGAUAUGGGUAUGUUUGUGGUGGCGCCGGCAGCCACCUUCCUCCACCACCACAACGGCUCAACGGCUUCAACGGUCAACCCCAACCGUAUCACAGGACUCACGGCAAAGCCCCCCCCCCCCCCCCCCCCCCCCGCCGCCGCUUGUAUUGGCUUUGAAGGCGGAUCCACCCCUGCUCUCGGCGCCAGAGUGGGUGUGAUCCCUUUAAGCUCUUACUUUGGUGUGUUUGUGUUUCUCUUUUACUUCUGCAAGGUGUACUGGUUUUUCUUACCAGAUUGAUAAUAUAGUAUUUUUUUUCUACAGAAAAUAAGAAAUCUGAUCUGGAUGGAGUUUUUGCAGAAUUGCAGGUGAAGGUUUGAUUAUAGAUAUGCUUUCAUGACCCGAUGGUUGGUUCCUAAUUUCUUUCCUCCAAUUAAGUUGUUAUUAAAAGACCCUUCCAUCGUAAAUGCAUUUUUUGUUUCCUAGGGGUGUUCAGUGUUGUAGGAUUCUAGCUAGGAGACCAACAAAUGAGGUUUGAUUAGACCUGGCCUCGGUGCGGGCCGCCCGGCCCGAGAACCAGCCCGCUACUGUGCGGGACCAGACCGGCCCGGUUCUUCAGGUCCGGGUCGGGCCUAGGCCCGGGGGGAGGGCGGUUCCGGGCUCAGGUGCCUGUUUUGGUGACCGACCUGGCCCAAUUUGGUUUUUUUUUUUUUUCAUUUUUUUGGGACUAACCCGGGUUGGGCUUGAUGGUUAGGAGGGGUUUGGAGGGGUGGAGGGGGGUCAGGGGUACCUAAGAAAGGGGGAAAAAAAAACCAAACCGGAGGCCCGGCCCGGACCCGGUGGCCACCCGGGCCGGUCCCGGGCCCCCUAUUCUUGAACCGCUGGCCCGAGGCCACAACUAGGUUUGAUGAUGCUUUUUAGAGCCAAAUUAAAAACUGCUGAUGGCAGGUAUAUAUGAAGUUGAAAAGGAAGUUGCAAAUUCGUUAUGGUUCUGACUCAAAUUAUUCUGAUAUAUUUACUUUAAGAAUUUAAUAUUGUUUGAUAUAGGGUGAUAAUGUUGCUCCUUCUAAUGCACAUGCACCUUAAAGAAAUCAGCCACUGCGAUUCUUCCAUCGCACAACUGAUGAAAUAUGAUGGAUAUCUUUGAAUCUUAAUACAUUAGUGUGUUUAUUAUUCUUGAAUGAAAUAUUGUACUAUCGUACAAAUUAAACAUUAGCACUUCGGAUUUAGUAAUGCAUUUAUUGUUUUUUGAAUAGUUUGACA